UAUUUCACAAUAUGCCAACAAACGUAUUACCAGCGUUCGCAGAUUUUUCACUAAAAUCUGAGAACAUAAUACAAAAAAGAAAUAUUUCCACAGAAGAAAACUCACCUUUCGCAAAACAGAUGGACUCUAGUGGUGUUGACAUCAGAAGAUUUAAACACAUCCACUCAGCAAGAUGUGGUUUACAGCUCCAGUAUUCGAAACCUUUCGAGGAGGUCUGCACGAUGUUUACGACAUCAUGUGUGGUUCCAACGAUCAUGAAGAUCAAGACGCAGAAGAGGAAGGCUUUCUAUCGUCCGACGCUUGCUCAGAGGAUCCGCACUGUAAAACUGAUAAAGUUUCCAAUCUUCAAACAUUUUGGAACAUCUUCAACGCAAACCAAGGUGUAGUAAUUUUAUCCAUGCCUUUUGUCACCUUGUCCGGCACAUACAUGAGUUUAAUCUUUACCGCGAUUGUGGCAGCCAUGUCAAAUUAUACAAGUAAAAAGUUAGUGAGGUGUUUAUACGAACCUGAUCCAGCUACUGGUGUCGAUAUACGUGUCCGACACAGUUACGAAGAAAUUGGAGAAGCAUUCGGUGGAAGUUUUGGUAAAUGGAUGGUAUACCUAGCCAUGUUGGUUGAGCAGUUAUCAUAUUGUACUCUACUCUUGAUUCUAUGUGGAUCAAUUUUGCACAGUUCAUUUCCAAAUGCGCCUUUCAACAAGAUGCACUGGUCAAUGUUGGCCUUCAUACUGGUCAUUCCAAACGCGUUCAUGAUGAAUCUUGGACAAGUCGCUUUCGUGAGUUUGCUCACUGUUGUCAUUGGUCAAGUUGUCUAUAUUACAGUGGCUGUUUACAGCUUCUGGCGAUCUGAUAACUGGUCCAUUAGCGAAACACCUGACUGGGAUAUUGGAAAGUUCUUUAUAUCUAUGGGUAUUGUCGUUGUAAGCUAUUCAUCUCAACCCUACAUGCCCGCCAUUGAAGGAAGCAUGAAAAAGAAAAAACAUUAUGGGAAACUUAUGGACAUUACAUAUAUCGCAAUAACACUGGUUAAAAUCAUUUUCGGUUUAAUUGGCUAUUUAACGUUCAAAGGAGACACAAAGCAAGUAAUUACCAACAAUCUCCCACAUGGUCCCUUCAAAAUAACUGUAAAUAUAUGUGUUAUGAUGCUGGCUGUGUUCUCCUUCACCUUCCCAGCAUACACCGUGUUUGUCUUGAUUGACAAAAUACACGUCAACCGAAAAUGGUUAAACCAAAAAAUGAAACGUUUGACAUCGCCAAAGCAAGAAAGAAAACAAAUGGAUAGCGAAGAAGAAAUAUUGGAAAAUACUGUUCUAAUUGAUAGUGAAGAUGAAGAAGAAUCCGAAUCGGAUGAGAUGGAGCAUGUACCUAUGUCAAGACCAAAACGAGCAUUUGUUCGGCUACUUCUCAUCAGUUUAGCCCUAGCAGUAGCUGUACUCGUUCCACAUUUCGGAUUAUAUAUGAGUUUCGUUGGAAACUUCACCGGAAUGUGUUUAGCUUUCAUCUUUCCGUGUUUAUUUCACAUGAAAUUAAGACAAUUGGGUCCGUUUGAGAUUAUGUUACAUACAGUAAUUAUCAUUUUCGGUAGUGUCUCAGCUGGAGCAGGUAUGUAUUACUCUACGAAAGCAAUCAUGGAGGCUUAUUCUGAAGCAGACUAACUUAAAUAAAAAUGCAUUUCAUCACUAAUGUAUGUUGUUUUUAUUUUUAAAUAAAUAUAUACAAAUUAACUUCAA